UUCAUAGUAAAGCCUAAAGGUAACAGUGUAUAGACUGUUGUCAUGUUAGUAGGCUGUUCCGAAGUCAAUAGUGUUGUUAUAUUACUGUUGAAAGUACUAAAUUGAAUGUUAUUUCAACUCAGGGAUGAUGAAAGCAAUGGUGUUAUACUGUUAUGUGAAUGUUCAGUAAUAUUUAACAUAUGCUUUCAUAACAAGAACACAAAAAAACCUACAGAAAGGGGUAUUAUCAAGGAAAUACUUCUAUGAACUUCUGAGCAUAUGUCUAAAUGUAUAACUCCCAGAUUGGUAUUUGAACUUCAAGCUGAACACAAAGAAAAGCUUUUAUGCAAGCAGCAUAGUUUUAUAAGAGCUGGCAUUUAUUUAAAGAGUUGUGAGGUGGUUGUUCACAAGAUGACAUCAUCCAUGACAUCUCGAGCUACCAUGUCAGAAUACCAAUGGGUCUACUCAUUGAUGGACUCUUCUCGGGUAUCUACAUUUUUAAUAUCAAUUCUUUUGAUUGUUUAUGGCAGCUUUAGAUCACUAAAUAUGGAACAGGAGGCUAAACAGAAACAGCAUGAAAGAAAUUGUCAAAAUCCAGAAAGUAAUGUUCAGACUCUGGACACUGUCCAAGCCUUGUGUCUACCCCUUGGUGCAUCCAUAUCUCUUCUCAUCAUGUUCUUUUUCUUUGAUUCAAUGCAAAUGUUGUUUGCCAUUUGUACAGCCAUCAUUGCUACCAUUGCUCUGGCAUUUCUACUGUUACCAAUGUGCCAGUACAUCAUUAGGCCAUGUUCUGAUGGCACCAAAAUAUCAUUCGGAAUCUGUGGAAGGUUUACAGCCGGUGAACUAGUUUCAUUUGCCUUAUCCAUUUCCAUUGUAUGUGUUUGGGUCCUUACUGGGCAUUGGCUCCUUAUGGAUGCAAUGGGUAUGGGACUAUGUGUGGCAUUCAUUGCUUUUGUUCGGUUACCAAGUCUUAAGGUGUCCACGUUGCUGCUUACUGGUCUGCUCAUUUAUGAUGUCUUUUGGUUGACAGAAAAGAAAAAGAAGACCCAGGUUUUUUUCUCAUCAUAUAUGUUCAAUGCAAAUGUGAUGGUAAAAGUGGCAACAAGGCCAGCUGACAAUCCGAUGGGAUUAGUUGCCAAAAAAUUCCAUUUUGGAGGAAUGAUUCGUGAAGCUCCAAAACUUUCACUUCCUGGAAAGUUAGUGUUUCCAAGCAUGCACAACAAUGGACAUUUUUCAAUGUUAGGACUAGGAGAUAUUGUGAUGCCAGGACUCCUGCUCUGUUUUGUGUUGCGAUACGAUGCUUACAAGAAAACUCAGCUUAGCUCAGCUGAAACAGGUGUACCCCCACCAAAUCAACUGAAUAAGAUUUCCUACUUCCAUUGCUCAUUGAUUGGCUACUUUCUAGGGCUUUUGACAGCAACAGUAUCUUCAGAAGUAUUUAAAGCAGCUCAGCCAGCUCUACUGUACCUGGUACCUUUUACCCUUCUUCCCUUACUCAUCAUGGCUUACUUAAAGGGUGAUUUGAGACGAAUGUGGAGUGAACCUUUCAUCACUUCACCACCAUCUAAACACUUGGAAGUAUGAAAAGAAAAAGAAGUUAAAUAUCUUACUGCAUUGAGAAAUAUGAUUUAGUUGCUGAGACUUCAGUUAUAAGUUACAAAACAAUGUAUUGUGUAUAUGGUGGUCAUAAUCAACCAGAAGAACUGGGCUUGAACUGUGUUUCACAAAUAGAUUAAACAUUUUUUGUGAAUGUGGUCAGAUUCUUGAACCUUUAACUAAUUGUGUUUUUACAACUAUCUUAUAAGCAAAAGGCCAGUACAUUUUAAAGCUGUGACUACUCUGUAAAGCAUCUACUUUGAAAUGAGGCAUACAUUGUGACGUUGAUAUGCUGUCUAUAAUUGAUUUAUUCAUUGUCUUCUCAGUAUUUUUUCAUUAUAAAUUUCAAAGAUUUCAAAAUUGAAAACAAACUCAACUGCAUGAAAAUUGUCUUUAUGUCAAUUUCUGUGUCAAAGUUGUUAUAAAGGGAAAAACAGUUGUUUUCAGUUUAUGAUUAUUUCUGUUUCUUAAUGUAUCAAAAUAUUUAUAAAAGUAUCAUUUCUUGACCAAAUACUCAGACCCAUUUUGAAAAGUUAAACUUAAAAUUAUUGUUAUAUAAGAAUAUCUGUUAUUUUUAUUUAUUAACAACUCACUUCACUGUUUUUUAAAUGAAAAUUAAAAAGUCUGUUUUCAUUUCAAUUUAAAGCAAUAAGUAUUAAUCUCAGGAUGUGUGUGCAUUUAUUAACACUAUUGACUGUGUUAAAGCUUUGACAUUUUGAAAAAUAUUUAAAAUGUAGAAGUAUUUAAAAUGGCUAUGAGUAUAACUAAUUCCCAGUAAAAAAUACAUUCAACUUACAUGGAAAUCAGCCUUUUGUGAUUAAUAUUAUCAUUUUAUACAUAUUGUGAUGAUGUAAUAAAGUUGUGGAAAGAGUCUCAUUAUUGGUUAUCUUAGUAAGAGACACAAGAAGGGUUACAGAACACCAAGAAAGACCUAAGAUAUGUUGUUUAUUAAAUCUAAGUUCCUCAUGGAAUUUAAAUCUUUGAAUGAUUAAAAUUUGCCUAAAAAACUAGGUUUUUUUUUACAUAUUGAACAAAGCUGUUUGUGAUGAAAAGUUUAGCUAGUUCAAUUUGUAUAGUUUAUUGUUGUCCAUAUAGUCAUUAUAUUAGAAAUCUUUACCAAAAAAAUCAAUUCUUUAUUGUGCACUCUCUGAACUUCUUUAUGUUAGUGUUAGCAUUACUAUGAUGUUUAAAUUUUUUUCAUAAUCUUGUGUUUUGGGGUAAUUGUUAAUAAUUAAUGGUAGCAAAUAAUCAUUCUUGAUGUGAAACUAGAGGAGUUUUAUGAUGUUUUUGAUUAUUUUCAAAAGUAUUUUAACAUUUCAAGUAUUUUGAAAAAGGCAUUCAGUACUUGAUAUUUAGUAAAAGUUACAGUCGAUGUUGAUGGGAUGGACAAUAUAGAAUUAUGGUUUCUUUCUUUGUAUUUCUGUUUAAUGUACCAUAAGUGUAUUACAGCUUAAUGGUUGAAGAGGUAUAGAUAGUUUAGUACAAAUGCAUGAAUUAAGCUAAUCAACAAAUGUAAAUAAACUCCUUUUAAGAAAAUGUUUUUGAAAUGAAUAUUAAAAGCUUUUUCUCUGAUUUUUUUUAAGCUUUUCUGACUAAAACUAUUUAGUCUAAAAGAAGAGAUGAAACUAACAAAUUCUCCUUGUUGACAAACCUGACACAGUUCCAUAGCAGGGCUACAUAACAUGUUAGAGCUAGAAAGUCCUAUGCUUGAGAAAUACCAACUGGCUUAAAAGCUGUUUGGUAUAUGUUUGUGACAUAAAUUUUAUUAUGAGAAUUUUGUCAUAUACUUAAGGAUAUUGCUGGCUAUCAUUAGUUACAUUUAACUUUGUAAUUCCUGUUGUGCAUAUUUCCCAUACAUCAGACCUUCUACUGUAGUGUGCUGAGCUGUAACAUGAGGUUUAGUAUAAUACACUUAUUGCAGGAGAUAUGCCACAAACAAACAUUAUAUACGUAAGGAACCAAGUUAAACAAGAAACAGGUAGGAGGUAACUUUAUUCUCCUCUCAUUCCACUGUACCUACCUUAUUCAUAAGUUCCUCUUGACAUUAAAUUAACACAGAGAUGUGAUUGUGUGUUUGGAAUUUUGUUUAAACUGUUGUGGGAACGUCAUCUGUUGUACAAAUGAUAAAUGUAAUUUAAAAUGUUGUACUAAUCUUAGAGUAUUUAAUUUACUUGUAUUACCUCAUCCACACCAGUCCUCAUUUAUUUACAACAUUUUAUGUAACAUUUAUGUUUUUUUACUUUGUUUUGUUUUUCUGAGGAGGCAGAAAACAACAUAAUUUUUUAGUUCUUGGUCCUUUGUGACAAUGUUGCAUUUAAUGUAGGUAAUAUUUGAUUAAACAGCUAUUUAUACGUACACAAAUAUGAAAUAAUAACCUAAUUCAUGUAGUGAGUAAUGAUACAGCAUUUUUCACAAACUUGUGUGUGUGUGUGUAUAUAUAUAUAUAUAUAUCACAGCUAGCAUUGUAUUUCUUCCUCUCUUGCCUCUAGUAAAGUAUAUAAAAUAAUUCCCAAACUUCUGUUUAAAAAAAAGUGAAUCAAUUGAAAACUAUUGAACAACCAAAAAUUUAGGAUACCCCUUAAAAACAUCUUGAGUAAAAUGCUACUAGCAGAGUUUUUAUAUCUAUAUAACAAGAGAUAUUAUUUUACUGAUUCAAUAGAUUGGGCAGCUAAACCAUCAAGUAAUGAUAGUUUCUUUUAGUAUUUGAUUCCAUGACACAUCUGAUUAAUAAUGUACUUUAUUUAAAGUUUUUGGUAGUUAAUGAAUUUGUAAUAAUUGAUAAUAAACCCUUUUUACAAUCUCAAA